AUGAAUCAUCAUGAUAUUUUUCAUCAGCUUGAAAAAUAUGAAAAAGAAAAAGAAUUUGACUUGUCACCAGAGGACAAUGUCAAAAUUAAAAAAAUAUGUGAAGAGUUCAAUGACAUGUCAAUAAACAGUCAACAUUUACAAACAAUUUUAUUGCUAUUAAAUAAUUUGUCUGUUGAUGUUUUAUCAAAAAGUGAAACAUUUAUGAGUUUAAAAGAAUAUAGACUAGUUAAAUUUGUUAUUGAAAAAGCAGUUACAAUUGGAAUAUUACCAUGUCUUUUGCCUGGACUUGUAUUUACUCGUCAACAGUCCCACGUACAAUUAGAAAAUUUACCAGACAUGGUUAAAUACAACAGACUAUCAUCAACAAUAAGAGUACUUGUUGAUUGUCAUGAUGAAAUAGCUCUUAAACCUGCAAUACAAACUCAAUUAAAUGUACUUCUAGGUGGUCUUUUACAGCUAUCACAUGCUCCACUCAGUCCACCAACCGAAUCACCACCUCAAAAUCCAUCAAAAUUCCACAUGACUAAAGAAAUCCACAACAAAUUAAGCCAAGAUCAUGAAGAAUUUACUCAACGACUUGACAAGUUUAUUAAAAGCUGUCAAUUGUCUGACAUCAUCAGAGAAAUGUUUAUUUACAGUGGAUCCAAAAAUAUACCAAGCUGGCUACGUAAACAUGCCAAAAGCUAUAUCAUUAAAUCAAUCAUGCAGCCAAUUGGUAUUGCAUCAUUAUUCAAAGUUGAUGGUAUCACUGAAUCAUCAAAAAAUAACUCAAACAACAUUGAUACUAUAACAAAAUUAAUAAUCAAGUCACAUGGUCCAGAUCCAGAUGCAUAUUUCACAUCAGUAUGCUCACAAAUAUUAGAUUUUUUAAAAUUUAAAAACUCCAACAAUUCAUUAGAUAUUUUUUCAAGUUUUAUCAUCAAUCUUCAUGAUAAUUAUCCAAAAAUUUGUCAAGAUAAAAUAAUAAAUAUCAUUGUUAAACCAUUGAUGAUUAAAGUUGAAAUAUCUGAUGAUAAUUUAAUACUAGAAAAUGAAAAUAACGUAUCAUUAUGUAUUGAAAAUUUAAGCAAAUGUUUCAACAUCAAUAAUCGUGAAUUUAAUAAUUUAUUUUGUCAAUUGAUUAGACAUAUUUCAGUGCCUUUAUUUUAUAUGUUUAUUAAAAUUCAAUCUAGUGUUUUGUUAGUUAAAACACAAGUCAAAGAUAUACUAAUUAAUUUAUUAAAAAAUGAUAAUUUAACUGAUAAAUUAUUUCAAGUUUAUCUUGAGCUUGAUGAUAAUUCAUUUGGUGAUAAAUUGUCAUUUAAAUUUGGCUCAUCAGGUGGAUUAGAGAUAAUAUCAAAAAUUGAAAAUAUUGAAUAUGAAAAAAUUGUUAAUUGUUUGUAUGAUUUGGUGAUAAAUCAUGAUGAUUUAUCAACGUCAUUAUUUCAUUAUUUACUUAAAUCAUCGGUAGAUAAUAGCCAAGUUGAGACAUCAAUUGAAAAUGAAGAAAAAUAUAUAAAUAAAAAAAUGGAAUUGAUGAAGUUAUUGAUAAAACUUGCAAACAAUAGAAAUAUACAAAAAGCACAAAUUAAAAAUCCAAUAAAUAUACUUAAUUUUGUUAAAUUAUUAUUUGAUAAUAUCAACAAUGAUAAUAAUGAUGAAAAUAUUGAAAUUUUAUACGUGAGUUUAAUGUUGAUUAAAUUAAUACUUGAAGAAGAAAAACCAAAUGAUUGGCAGCCAUUUGAUGAAUUUUCUCUAUUUUUGAUGAACAAAAAUAUACAAAUAAAUGACAAUUUAACAUCAACAAUAAAUGAGGUAAUAACUAUAAUAAAAAAUAGGGGAAUUAAAUCAUCGAAAUUUUAUCAAGACACAAGUAUUGAUGAUAAAAACCAACGAGAAUUUGAUGAAGCAUUAAAAGACACGAAUGAUCCAUUGCUUCCAGUGCGAGCACAUGGUUUAAUGAUAUUAACUAAAAAAAUUGAAUCAUCAGAUUCAAUUGCACUUGCUAAAAAAGAUUUGUUGUUAUCAAUAUUUCAAAAAAAUUUAACUGAUGAUGAUUCAUUUGUUUAUCAAAUAGCAAUAAAUGGUUUAUGUGCAUUGGCAUCAAAAUAUCCAAAUGAACUUGUUGAAAUACUUGUUAAUGUUUUUAUUGAUUUACCAAAUGAUGAUGAUCAUGAUGAUAAUAUUAUAACACCAGAAAAUAGAGUUAAACUUGGUGAAAUAAUUAUCAAGACAAUGAAAAAGAUUGGAGAAUUGUCAUACAGUUAUAAAAAUAUUUUAAUAAAUGGUUUUUUACGUGGUACAUGUGAUAAUGAUUAUUUGGUACGUGCUUCAAGUCUAUCAUGCAUUGGUGAACUAUGUCAAAUACUUGGCUAUCGUUUAUCUGGUGAAAUAAAAAUAAUAUUAUCACAUAUUGAAAAUAUUAUAACGACUGAUAAAUCACCAGAAGUUAGACGUGCUGCUGUUAUGGUUACAACAUUAUUAUUACGUGGUCUUGGUAAAGAUGCACUUGUUGAACUUGGUCAAGAUUUAUUGCCACUUUAUCGUGGUAUUAAAAAUCUAAGAAAUAAUGAUGAUGAUGAAGUUUUACGACUUCAUGCACAACUUACACUUGAAGAAUUUGAUGAUAUUGUACAAAAUUUCAUGUUUUAUAAACCAAUGAUGCGAUAAGAUGAAUUUGAUGCUUUUUUUUACUCAUGAUAA